CCAAACAGAUCUGACCAAGUUGAAGAGGGACAAGGAAAGCCAUGGACCUGGGUCCAGUCACCGGCCAAGCAUGGCUGCCCUGCCGCAGACUCUGCUGCUCCGGGCAGGUGCAUGGGCCCCCCGCCAAGCUCAGGCUCCCCGGUCGGCCCCCCCUAGGGCUGGGGGGCUGUUGGAUGUGUCACCAGAAGGAAGGGGCCGUCUUGCUCCCUGUGUGCAGCUGGGUGGGGCAGGGCUCUGUGCUGGGCCGUGUGCUUGGAAGGUCUUAGCGGGACUGGAGCAGGUCCGGGGAAAUGAGGAGCCAUGAGACACACGGGGGUGAAACCUAGGGGGUAUGUGACGAACACCAGAGCGGAUCUUAGCGCGCCUGCCCGCCCGGCCAGGCCGCAGUCCCCAGCUGCCCCCUGGUGGCGGUGGCUGCCGGGGGCCCUCUGACUCCCUAAUGCCCACCGCGCCUCUCCUCCAGGCGCCCCCUGGGAGAGGGCCACCCACCCGGCCCCCAUCAGAUGGCGGGGGGUUCCCACCCAGGUUUCCCAAGCAUGAGUGUCCCCUCGCUUGCCUGCACGCUAACUCGCACGGGGCCUGACGCGCAGCGGGCCUGCUAAUCAGUAGCUGAGCCCCACCACCUUGGAGGACACUCUUUGCUCUUCUGGCCUGAUUCCAGAAUCUUCCUGAAUCAAACUGGGCAUGAGUUCCAGGCAUGGCUUCCCACUCUGUCAGAAUGACUGUUUGAGCUCGGCUGAUCAAUGCUAGGGAGAAGAUCUGGCCUUGAACCUGGUAGCUCUGCCGCUGGCUUCCUAGCUCCAUGGGAUUUCUCUAAAACCCAGUUUCACAGCAAGAUGGAGAUCAUGAGCUCUGCCUCCCAGAAAAGACUCACAGGAAGUGGAUGAGGAGCCACUGAGGGGACAGUUGGAUUUAUCCAUGACACCUGCUGGCCAGGGCCACUCACGGGGUCUCCCCAUCCAGGGAGAGCCACCCAAGGAGGAGCCUGGGGUCACAGUGUCACAGCUCAGCUCUUGUCUUUCCCCCAGGUUCCUGCCUGCAGACCAGCCUGGGAGCCCCCCUGCCUGCCACUGCCUGACCCCAGCCCCCAUCACCAUGCACUCCUUGGACGAGCCGCUCGACCUGAAGCUGAGCAUUAGCAAGCUCCGGGCGGCAAGAGAGAAGCGGGAGAGGACCAUGGGGGUGGCCCGGCCCCGAGCUCUCCACAGGGAGCUUGGCUUGGUGGGCGACAGCCCCACCCCGGGCUCCCCCAGCUCCCCGCCCUCAGGCUUCCUGCUGAACCCCAAGUUCCCCGAGAAGGUGGAGGGACGCUUUUCAGCAGCCCCUCUGGUGGACCUCAGCUUGUCACCGCCAUCUGGCCUGGACUCCCCCAACGGCAGCAGCUCACUGUCCCCCGAGCGCCCAAGCCACGGGGACCUGCCUCCAGUGCCCAGCGCCCCGGACUUCCAGCCACUGCGCUAUCUGGACAGUGUCCCCGGCUCCUUCCAGUUCUUCCUGCCCCUGGGUUCUGGGGGCGCCCUGCACCUGCCUGCCUCCUCCUUCCUCACCCCACCCAAGGACAAGUGCCUCUCCCCUGAGCUGCCCCUGCCCAAGCAGCUGGUGUGUCGCUGGGCCAAGUGUAACCAGCUCUUCGAGCUCCUGCAAGACCUGGUGGACCACGUCAACGACUACCACGUCAAGCCCGAGAAGGACGCGGGCUACUGCUGCCACUGGGAGGGCUGUGCCCGCCAUGGCCGUGGCUUCAACGCCAGGUACAAGAUGCUCAUCCACAUCCGCACACACACCAACGAGAAGCCGCACCGCUGCCCCACCUGCAACAAGAGCUUCUCCCGUCUGGAGAACCUCAAGAUCCACAACCGCUCCCACACAGGUGAGAAGCCCUACGUCUGCCCCUACGAGGGCUGCAGUAAGCGCUAUUCCAACUCGAGCGACCGCUUCAAGCACACGCGCACCCACUACGUGGACAAGCCCUACUACUGCAAGAUGCUCGGGUGCCACAAGCGCUACACGGACCCCAGCUCGCUGCGCAAGCACAUCAAAGCCCAUGGCCACUUCGUGUCUCAUGAGCAGCAGGAGCUCCUGCAGCUGCGCCCACCCCCCAAACCACCCCUGGCUACCCCUGACAGUGGCCCCUAUGUCAAUGGGGCCCAGAUCAUCAUCCCCAACCCCGCUGCCCUCUUCGGGGGCACCAGCCUACCCGGCCUGCCCCUGCCCCUGGCCCCAGGCCCGCUUGACCUCAGCGCGCUGGCCUGUGGCAACAGUGGGGGCGGUGGGGGUGGGGGCGGCAUGGGCCCCGGGCUGCCGGGCCCUGUCCUGCCCCUCAACCUGGCCAAGAACCCCCUGCUGCCCUCGCCCUUUGGGGCCGGUGGACUGGGCCUGCCCGUGGUCUCCCUCCUCGCUGGCUCCGCUGGCGGCAAGGCCGAGGGGGAGAAGGGCCGUGGGUCGGGGCUGGCCAGGGCCCUGGGCGUGGAAGGCUGCAAGACGCCCCUUGAAAGGACUGAGAGCGGCCGCCCCCGACCCAGCCCCGAUGGACUGCCCCUGCUCCCGGGUACUGUGCUUGACCUCUCUACCGGCGUCAACUCGGCCUCCAGCAGCCCCGAGGCGCUGGCUCCCGGCUGGGUGGUCAUUCCCCCCGGCUCCGUGCUGCUCAAACCAGCCGUGGUAAACUGAGCCCACCCGGGACAGCAACUCCUGGCCCUGCCCCUCGACGAACGGAACUCUUCUGCGAAAUAGCAAUAAUGUUCUCCUGCCCACAGGGCCCAACAGGCUGGGCAGCAGGGAUGGUGCUAGAAGGGUACCACGGGCUUCCCGGGCUCCUGGGUGAGGACCUGGACUUGUGUCCAGGGAGUGUACUCCUGGGUGCGGAGGCUCACUCCCUGCUGGCCCUUGUGUGCCCGUGGCUUCCAGGAACCCUCGGCCCACCCUGGGUCUCCACUAACCCUCAGUGCCCCUCAGCUCCCCACCCCAGGCCUCUCUCAGCCUCCCCAGCCAAGGCUGACCCUGGAAGGCUGCUGCCCCCCUGCCCUGUCCACCUGCCAGCCCCAAGGAUGGGCAGAGGAGUGCUGCUGCAUCCCAGCUGUGGGUGGCACCUGCCCUGCCCUCCAAGCAGUCUCCCCGGUCCCUUUGUGACAUCCUGAGACAGCUAGCCUCAGACCACCCUGCUCCCAGGCUCCUAGGACCCCUUUCCCUCUGACUCACCCUCCAGAGGGAGAGCAAGACAGACGCAGGCCAUGGCAAAGCCACAGAAACAAGCCGCCGUUGCCCAUGCCUGCCCCUGCCCAUCCCUGACAAGGCGCCUCCCGUCCCAGGGAGGGAGGCCCGCUCUGCCGCUGUUCCCUGCCCCCACUGGGUCCCCAAAGCCAGGGGACACACCCGGUCACCUAGCCUGCCCCUUGGCCUCUGGGGCCUCUGCCCGCUGCUUCUCAGGAAACCCUGGGAGUGUGGGAAGAUGGGUGGGGAGCCUGGGGUGGGGGGCAGCAGUGGUGGCUCUCAGUGGCCCUGGUCCCUGGCCCAGCUCCUGCUCAGGGAACAGGUGGGGCGGGCUGGGCCUGUGCUCCGAGCUGUUUUCCUCAUCCCCACCCUGGCUGGGCCUGGCCUGGGGCAGGGCCACCCUGCAGGAAGGGCUAUGGCCUGCCUUGGGUCACCAGGAGCCCCGGGAUGUGGAGGCCGGCGGGGAAGACCCCAGGCUGGGACGAGGCUCCUGCUCUGGGGGCCCGGUAGCAGGGUGCUGAGGGGGAGGCUGGAGGGAGGAGCCUGGGCCCAUGGCCCGGUGCUUCCGGCUGCUUUCCUACCUGAACCCUAUCCUAGAAGCACCCUGCUUGGUCCUCACAGCCUGCCUGGCUCCCCCAGGGUCUGUGCUAAUUAGAGGGCCUAUGGCUGGGCUGAAAUAAACUUGGGGUGCUGGGGACCGACAUGCCCACUGCCUGGCUCCUGAGGCGGCCUAUGGUGGUUUGGGGAGCUCUGCUGUCCUGCUUUGCCCCUGGACUGCAGGGUGACAAGAGCCCUGCAUUUCCCCAUUGGUAGAGCAAGGGGUCCGAGGGGACCAGGUGGGUCCCCCUGCUGUUCCACUGAGCAGCUCUGCUGACCCUAUCCCUCUCUGGAUCGCCCUUCUGUCUCAGAGGGGUCAACCUGACUGGGUCCCCAUGCUGGGCUCAGGACCCCAGCCCUCGACAGGGCCGGCAGCGCUGGCUCUGCCCCUCCGAGGGGCUGUGAGCGAAGGAAGAGGGAGCUGGUCUCCUUUCUUCGGGCCCCUCCCUGGCCCCAGGUAGCUGGUGGGGGUCACGGGUUAGACUCGAGCCCAGGGAGCAGAAUGGGCACUGGAAGGCUGACCUUAGGUCGCAUGUGACAUGGUGACAGACCAGGCUUCACGGGGCCGGUGUACUUCUUGUUGUCGGUUUGUUGUUGCACAUUCCGAGGUAUCAGUAUUUUAACAGGUUCUAAGUGCCUUUCUAUCGUAGCUUAUGUUUUUCCUCCUCUCGGCUCCAUUGCUGUUAGCAUAGAGUUUUAAAAAAGAGAUAAGCUAAUGACUAUAACAAUAUAUUCCUCCAGGUGAGAGAGGAAGUUUAUAAAGAAACAAUAAAAAUGAGUUGCAGACAUGG